GAAACGUCCACUCACCUUCUACCAGCAUGGCGACCUCCUCUCAAUACCGUCAGCUGCUGAGUGACUAUGGGCCUCCAUCGCUAGGCUACACCCAGGGAACUGGAAAUAGCCAGGUGCCUCAGAGUAAAUAUGCAGAACUGCUGGCCAUCAUUGAGGAGUUGGGGAAAGAGAUCAGACCCACAUAUGCAGGGAGCAAGAGCGCCAUGGAGAGACUGAAACGAGGCAUCAUUCAUGCCCGAAGCCUGGUUCGGGAGUGCUUGGCUGAAACAGAACGUAAUGCCAGGUCCUAGCCUUGGCCAGUCUGAAGGCCCAUCUUGCUACUCCAUGGAGAUGCGAGGCGUUGUUCAAAAUGGCAGUAGUUCUACGGCGAUCAUUAAGCUCUGAACCCACACUCAAAAGAUUGGGAAGACAUUUUGCAGUUUCUGACCAUGUGCAUUUUAAGUAGUUAGGAAUGACUCGGCUCUUUUCUUUCCAAGCAUCUGAAAGACAUUUGUGAAGCCACUUCAGAGCAAGCUAUUGUUUGCCCCCCAAAUACCAGUGUCCCCUUUAAUUUCCCUCUGGAUACAUUUUCCAUCUGCAUCACCCCAGUUGACUUCCUUUCCAUGAGCUCACCUGCCUGAGGACUUGCGUGCACACCACAGCACCUUUGCUUGGUGGCUGGCCUGCCUGUGUACAGCGUAGACCCUGCUUCAGGGAGCUUCUCUGCUUAAGUAUCUGCAUGACUGAGUGCUUUGAAGUCAAUCUUAAGAAUGCACAGGUCAUAAACACAGAAGAGCAAUUACUCAACCUACCGCUCGCCCUGCAAAUGUCCAUCCUGAGACCGUAGAUCUCAGUUCCAUGUUUACUGUGAGCCGAUCACAACAUCUGGAAGAAAACGACUGAAACUGUUGCAUCUUUGUAUUUAUUACUUGAUGUAAUAAAGCUUAUUUUCAUUAACA